CAAGCCCUGGAGUUCUCUGGUUUCCUCUCUCCGUAAAAAUCAACAUUAAAAUAGGUAUAAGAUUUUAAAGAAUGCCACAGCCAGGCCAAGAAAUUGAAAAAGAAUCACUCCCAUCUUCCUCUGAUGGACAGCUGUUCUAACAAGUAAAAACACCGUUUGUUGAAUGCCAAAACCAGAUCGAUGUUAAGCAAUAGGACUGACAGAAGUAGCCAGGAAAGGAAUUUGGCUCUUGCCAUACAACAAAGAUACAAUGAAAGUGUGAUUCUUGAAUUGAUUAAUGGUGCCUCUAAUGUCAAUAUUACUGAUGAAUAUGGAAAAACUGCUUUGUUUUAUGCCAUCCAGUCAAGCAAUUAUAGAAAUGUAGUCGGUGCAUUGAUUAACGCAGGUGCUGAUGUCAACAUUACUGAUAAGGAUGGCAAGAGUGCUUUGUUUUAUGCCAUUCAGUCAAGUAAUUAUGAAAAUGUAGUCAGUGCAUUGAUUGACGCAGGUGCUGAUGUCAACAUUACUGAUAAUGAUGGCAAGUGUGCUUUGUGUUAUGCCAUCGAGUCAAUUAAUUAUAAAAAUGCAAUUGCUGCAUUGAUAGCUGCAGGAGUUGAUGUCAACAACACUCGUUUCAGGUAUAAUAGUCAAACGCCUUUGAUUUAUGCUGUUUACCAAAGGGACAACGAAAAUGUAGCACGAGCGAUGAUUGAUGCUGGUGCUGAUGUCAACAUGAUUGAUAGUUGUGGCAAGACCGCUUUGUUCCAUGCCAUGGAGAGAAGAAUAAGCCAAAAUGUGGUAAAAGUACUUAUUGAAACUGGUGCUAAUGUCAACAUGAUUGAUAUUUAUGGAAAGACCGCUUUGUUUUAUGCUGUCCAGCAAGCAAACAAAAAACAUAUUGUUCAAGCAUUGACUGAUGCAGGUGCGGAUGUCAACAUUACCGAUAAAGAUGGUAAGACCGCGUUGUUUUAUGCCUUGGAGCAAAGAAACAGCGAAAGUUUGGUGCAAGUACUAAUUAAUGCUGGUGCUGAUGUUAACAUUAGCGAUAAAAAUGACAAUACUGCCUUACUUCAUGUAAUGAGACAAAAUCAUGAUGACUGCGAAGGUUUGGUACUUUCUUUGAUUGCUGCUGGUGCUAAUAUUAAUUUCCCAAGUAAUAACUAUAGUGCUUUGAGUUGUGCCGUACAACAACGCCGCGAAUCUUUGGUUUGCACCUUGAUUGAAGCUGGUGCAAAGGUUAACCAAACUGUGACAAACUCUUCAAUGACAGCGUUGUUUUUUGCCGUCUGUAACAACAAUGAAAUUAUGGCUCAUGCCCUAAUAGCUGCCGGUGCUGAUGUCAAUAUAACUAAAAGUGAUGGUCAAACUCCUUUGUUUUGGGCCCUCUCUCAAAGAAACGAGAGUAUGAUACAUACCUUGAUUGAUGCCGGUGCUGAAGUCGAUGUAGUUGACAAAAAGGGUAAAACCCCUUUCUGUUAUGCCUUAACUAGAGGAAACACUGACUACGAAAACACGGUUCUUGCAUUGAUUGCUCGUGGGGCGAAUGUCAACAUAAGCAAGGAUGGCAAGUCCGCUUUGCUUUGGGCAGUCGAACGACGAUAUAAAGAAAGUGUUGUCCGUGCAAUGAUUGGAGCUGGUGCCGAUGCUGAUGUUAACAAAACUGACAGUAACAACAAAACCCCUUUGUAUGAUGCCGUUCUAUACGACAGAAGCGAAGGAGUCAUCAGUGCAUUGAUUGAGGCUGGUGCUGAUGUCAACUUGACUCCGGGUGAUAAAACUGCUUUGUUUCAUGCCGUUCAACGACAUACGAAGGAAGGUGUAGUUCGUUCAUUGAUUGCCGCUGGUGCUGAUGUAAACGUUUCAUUUAGUGAUGGGAAAACUGUUUUGUUCUACGCCGUACAAAAUUAUUACAUUGAAAAUGUGGUUCAGAUGCUGAUUAAUGCUGGUGCCGACAUCAAGAUAACUGAUAUGAAUGACCAAACUAUUUUAAUUCAUGUCGUUCAAUUACUUGAUAGCGAACAAAAUAAGGGACAGAAAGCUCGUGUAUUGAUUGAUUUGGGAGCUGAAAUCAAUAAAAGGGACAAAACCGGUAAGACUGCUUUGCUCUAUGCCGCACAGUCCAAUAAUGUAAACCUAGUUCGCGUAUUGAUUAAUGCAAAUGCUGAUAUUCAUGCCACUGAUAGUGAUGGUCAAACUGCUUUGCUUUAUGCCGUCCAACAAAAUGACAACGAAAAUGUGGUUCGUGCACUGAUUGAUGCUAAAGCUGAUGUCAACUUAACUGACAAAUAUGGUUAUACUGCAUUGUUUCAUGCCGUCCAGCAAAGAAAUAACGCAGAAAACGUAGUUAAAGCAUUGAUUGCUGCAGAUGUCAAUGUUAACGCAAUUAUUAAUGAUGGCCAAACUGCUUUGCUUUAUGCUGUCCAGCAACAAAACAACGAAGGUGUAGUGCGAGCAUUGAUURAGGCUGGGGCUGAUGUCAGUAUAACUGACAAGUAUGGAAAAACUGCACUAUUUUAUGCUGUCCAAAUGACUUGGCGCGGUGAAGGUGUGGUGCGCGCACUUAUUGAAGCCAAUGAGGACAUUUUAACUGUCAAAGACAUUUAUGGCCGUACUGCAUUAUUUUACAUUAACUUGGGAUCUUCAAAGGCAGCCAUUGAGUAUCUUCUCGAAAAGGGAGGCAUCAAAUGUCUUCGCUUGAAAGACAAUUGCAAUGUCGAUAUCUUAACGUUUGCUAUCGACAACUGUAUAUCUCAAACAGGGGUGUAUUCCACGUGUGAUGCUAUAAAGGAUGGAGCUUUACGGGAAUUCACGAAACAAGGAAUUAUAAAACGCGAAAGUGUCGCUCGGGCAAUGAUAAAUAUCAUGUUUAGAAAGUAUGUUGCUGAAGUCCUUAACAGUUCAAAUAUUGAAAUAUCCUCUUACAACCUCAGGAAUUUUGAAGGAUUAUCUUGCUUAUAUAAGGAAAAUGUGGAUUACAAUGUGUGGGAGAGAACAAAGAAAAUGGAAAGUUUUUUGGCAGUGUUGAGGGAAGAUUUCCGCGGAACGUCUAAAGCUCUUGAAUUACUAGUUGAGUUGGGUGCGGAUCCAGACAGUGCAGACUCCGAUGGUAAUACUGCUCUGCACCUCACAGCUCGUUCACCAUUGAUGGGUGCUUCCAAAGAAACUGUUAUGGACUUAUGUAAGCAAUUGAAGAAGUUUGAAGUACGAUUUAAUGCUAAAAACCAUCAACACCAAACACCUUUUCUGAUUUGCAUCAGUGAAAUUACGGAAAGCAAGUUACAGUCGGCAAUGAAGACUGUAGUAAAAGUUUGUAGAUUUCUAGUAAAAAAUGGAUCCAGCAUUGAAGAAACAUCAAGAAAUGGAGAGGCUGUUUUCCAUUUUAUGAUGAAGCUCUUCCAAGGAAGUCUUAAACUAAAUGACGAAACUGAAAGACAGGAAGUACUGAAUUAUGUGAUCGAACUUCUGCAGUUGUUUGUACAUACAGAAUCUGCUAAAGUAGCUGUCAUUAAAUCUGAURUCMAUCUUAACACACCACUUCACCUYUGGGCAUCACUAGCGUURRCAUCAYCASAAGACUACACCACUCAACUUACAGAUGAUCACACUUUCCAGAGUAUUCUAAAACUCAUCUUGGAUAGUCUUUUGAAAUGUGGAGCCAGAGUGAACGCUAGAAAUCACAACGACGAAACUCCUUUGCAUUUGUGCAAAACCUGGUUUGCUAUCAAGAUGCUGAUAAAUGCUGGGGCAAAUGUAAACGAUAUGGAUUUAUCAAGACGAUCAGCUCUCCUCGUUGCAGCAAAGGAUAAGUUAUUUCUUGAAAAUCCAGAUUGUUUCUAUCCGGAUGUCUCUGAAGAACCCAAACUAUUUUGGAAGAAUGUUCUUGAAAUGGGAUUUGAUCCUCUGAUAGCUGACAAGCAAGACGAAUCUGUUUUGGGCAUUCUGGUUGCCUCAGAUAACUUUAUUCUUGCUAAAUCAUUGGUUGAUGUGGAGUGCGAGGAGAAUUACGUUCGGUCCGAAGAAGUAACCAAUUCUCUUUUGAAUGCCAUCUGUAAAGACAAGUCGACAAGAACGCACUGGAAGACAGGUCUUGUCCAAGAUAUUCUGAAGUCAGUGAAAAGGACCAUUUCUGCUGCAACAGCUCUCCAAUUUUGCUGUAAAAAUGUAAUGGAAGCCAAUAAUGUCUUAAGUAUUGAAGAACAAGACAUGGCAGUUUYCAUGGAAGUUGAAGUUGGUGAAGGCUCUAAUGAUGAUGAGCCAUCGCGCCCGAAAAAGAGAAGAGUAGUUGUAAACGAGGUAGUUGAGGAAGGUGAGGAACUCUUCAAUGAUCCAUCAUUAGUCCAUCUUGAAAUCAUAAAAAUCCUUCGCUGGUUUGGAGCAGCUGAUGAUGAAGCUUGCAAGGAAGCUGCGAUGAAGUAUCCUCCACUGAAACCCUUUUUGACCAGUAAAGUUAACAUUGACGAGAUUCCACAGCUCAUCCCAUGGACUUCAGUUUCCAAUAGGUAUGUGGAUAAGUUGGCCAAAGUUUCCAGGAGACGGGAGCAUAAGAUGAUUGACCAGUAUCACUACCACAAAGACCACGUAGGAAGUGGCUCAUUUGGCMAYAUCUUUGUKGGAAUAMAUGAYAAAGACGGCAGAGAAGUGGCCAUUAAGCGUAUUGAAAAUGUGCGCAURCAGCGACSAGAAGACAAAMGAGAAAUAGAAAGUCUCRCCGCUCUUGCUUAUUGUGARCAAGUAGUURGUURUUUGMAUUUCUUUAAAAGSGAAAACUUUUCGUACAUAGUUUUAGAAUUGAUGGAAGGAAAUCUUGAAGAGUAUCUCAGUGAUUCUACAUUUGAUGCCAGAGAAAGCCCUAAACUUUGCCAAGAUGUCGUCAAAGGCUUGAGAUUUUUGCAUAARAAUCAGUUUCUGCACAGGGAYCUCAAGSCUCAAAACAUUCUCUAUAAAACGCACCAUCAACUAUGUUUGAAAAUAGCCGACUUUGGCCUCAGCCGUCGUAUGGAUAGUACUUCUACUACCGUGUAUGGUACUAACGCAGGUACCARAUGCUGGAUUGCUCCUGAGGUAUUARAAGGUUCUAAAGAUCACUCCAUGGCUUCUGACAUGUUUUCAUGUGGACUGCUUCUCCACUUCAUCUUGUCAGUACRAAAACACCCRUUUUCRCCRGCUGAUGUUCGCAAUAAAAGUGAAWCACAARURRCUAACRAAACYGAAGCUAACAUAAUGCRUAAUAACAUGGAAGGAUGGGACAACUCUAUUUCGCCCGAAGCCAAUCACCUCAUAAAAUGGAUGCUURAAAGUGACGAAAAGGRGCGAUCGACUGCURAAGAAGCAUUGGAACAUCCGUUUUGCUAUUCAAGCAAGAAAAAGAUCGAUUUCCUUGGAGCUGUUGGAAAUCAGAAAGAAUUUGGGCUCAGUUGGAUAUCCUAUCCUAUGACUACAAACUUUGAAAAGAAGCAUCGUACCAUAGUCAAAUAUGGCUGUUGGAAUGACUCAAAGUACAAGCACAUGCCUGCUAUAUACGCCGAAAUGACAAAGACAAAGAAAUUUAGAAGUUAUUCUACAUCUUCUCCAGUGGAUCUAGUACGGUUUAUAAGAAAUACAUAUGCACAUGUUUCCGAAGACACUCGACCAACACCGAUAAGAAAAAUGUUGCUCGAAGACUUYGUGUUUUUGGAAURUUUUCCCAAUCUUGUGAUGGAAGUGUACRAGGCUGYAWCSACUCAUGGAUGGGAUCAAAGCAGAGAUGAAAUCAAGUACGYCAUGAAGAAUUGA